AUGGCCCUUGGUAGUAUAGAUUGUGAAGAAUUUGAAACUUUGGUGAAUAACGAGAAUGAAAAUUUGGUGGAUAAUGAGAAUGAAAAUUUGGUGGAAGAAGAAGGAAAUAGGGAAUUUGGGAGUGCAGAAGCCAAUCAAGAAGAUGAGAUGAAUACGGAAUGUGAGCAUUCAAAUAUAGAUGAUCCAGGGACUUGGAAAAUAAUUGACCAGAAUUUACGAGAUUUUUUAGUCGAAAGAGGUCCUGUGAGAAGAAAUUGUGAGUUCAACUUCCCUAAGGAUGAUUCUUCUAGGCAUAGGUAUUUCUCACCUGUUCAUUACAUUCGACAUUUACCAAAUGGAGAAAAAAUUGAUAGGACAUGGUUGAUAUACUCAAAACUUUUGGAUAGAGUAUUUUGCUUUUGUUGUAAGUUAUUUAAGCAAGAGGGAAAUAAGACUGAAUUGGCUACUGAAGGAUUUAAAGACUGGAGAAAUAUUGGUGAGAGACUUAAAGUCUAUGAAAGUGGUAACGAGAACAUUACUUGCAUGAACAAAUGGAUUGAGUUGGAAGAAAGAUUGGGAAAGCAUCAAACAAUAGAUAAAAGUAUACAAGAACAAGUUAACAAAGAAAAAGAGCACUUGAGACGGGUUUUAUUGAUGAUAAUUGCAGUUGUGAAAACACUUGCCAAGAAUAAUUUGCCUUUUCGUGGAAGCCAUGAGAAGAUUUAUGAAGAGAGCAAUGGACUUUUUUUAAGCAUAAUUGAAAUGAUUGGCGAGUUUGAUCCAACGAUGGAACAACACUUGCGGCAGAUAGAAAAGGGUGAGAUUCAUUACCAUUAUCUGUGUCACAAAAUUCAAAUGAGGUGA